CUUACUACAAUCAAGUGCAGGUUUUCUUCAUCUCAGAAAAUGGGUAUUGACUCUGGAGUUAAUAUUUCAGAUGAUGUUGUACCUUAUGGGGGGAAAAGUGCCUUUACCCAACUGGAGCACAACAUAGUGGCUGGAUAUCUUAUUACUGCAGGUUUCAUCAGUUUAACAAGCAACACAAUAGUGCUGCUAAUGUUUUUAAAGUUCAAGGACCUCCGCACGGCCACCAACUUCAUUAUAAUCAACCUAGCUUUUACUGACAUUGGAGUGGCUGCUAUAGGCUAUCCCAUGUCAGCUGCCUCAGACAUCCAUGGGAGUUGGAAAUUUGGCUACACUGGUUGUCAGAUCUAUGCCGCUCUCAACAUUUUCUUUGGUAUGGCCAGUAUUGGCCUGCUGACUGUGGUGGCCAUUGAUCGCUAUCUCACCAUCUGCAGGCCAGACAUAGGGCAGAAAAUGACAGUGCAAACAUACAACCUUCUUAUUCUGGCAGCCUGGCUGAAUGCUGUGUUCUGGUCCUCCAUGCCUAUUGUGGGCUGGGCUGGUUAUGCCCCUGACCCCACUGGAGCUACGUGCACCAUCAACUGGAGACAGAAUGAUGCCUCCUUUAUCUCUUACACUAUGGCAGUGAUUGCUGUGAACUUUGUGGUGCCGCUGUCUGUCAUGUUUUACUGCUACUACAAUGUGUCAGCCACUGUGAGGAGAUACAAAGCUAGUAAUUGCUUGGACAGCAUCAACAUUGACUGGUCAGAUCAGAUGGAUGUCACCAAGAUGUCCAUAGUGAUGAUUGUCAUGUUCCUGGUGGCCUGGUCUCCCUACUCCAUGGUGUGUCUCUGGGCAUCUUUUGGUGACCCCAAGACCAUACCUGCCCCCAUGGCUAUAAUUGCUCCACUUUUUGCCAAGUCCUCCACCUUUUACAACCCCUGCAUUUAUGUUAUUGCCAACAAAAAGUUCAGAAGAGCCAUUAUAGGGGUGAUCCGGUGUCAAACCAGGCAGCGAAUCACCAUCAAUACCCAGGUUCCUAUGGCAACUUCCCAACAACCCGUGACACAGUGAGAUGAAACUGCCUCAUUACUCUACUGUAUUAACAUGUCCUGGCAUUAAAACUAUGCAUUGAAGAUUGCUAUGAUAAAAUAACAUGACUCACUGCCAGUGUUU